UCAUAAAGUGGGUUGAUAAAUUAAAAUUAGGCUAAAGAGAAUGCAAUCAGGUGUGGGUGUGUGUUGCUCCUCUUCCUCCAAUUGGUUGUUUGGGCUUGCACCCGCAGCCGCCCCUCUUCUUCCCUCUUCUCUUACUACAAUUUCCUUCCCAAUUUCAAAGUCUUCUUCUUCUUCUUCACUCAUCACACUCUCCACUCCCUUACUAAUUGCAUCUCCUCUACGCUCCAUUGCGAGUGCGAGUGGUUCGUCUCAGCUUAACGAAAUGGCUUCCGAUGAUGCUCAAGAUCCACGCUUACAGAGAAUCUCCUCUGCGAUCCGUGUCAUCCCUGACUUCCCUAAGCCUGGAAUUAUGUUUCAGGACAUAACCACGCUGCUGCUUGAUACUAAGGCUUUUAAAGAUACCAUUGACUUGUUCGUUGAGAGGUACAGAGAUCAAAACAUUUCUGUUGUUGCAGGUGUUGAAGCAAGAGGAUUUAUAUUUGGCCCACCUAUUGCAUUGGCUAUUGGUGCAAAGUUUGUCCCCAUGAGGAAACCCAACAAGUUGCCAGGGGAGGUAAUUUCAGAAGAGUAUUCUCUUGAGUAUGGAACUGACAAAAUGGAGAUGCAUGUAGGAGCUGUACAACGUGGAGAUCGAGCCUUAGUCAUAGAUGAUCUUAUUGCCACUGGGGGCACCUUAUGUGCUGCAAUUAAGCUACUAGAACGUGUUCAAGCACAAGUUGUUGAGUGUGCUUGUGUGAUUGAAUUGCCGGAGUUAAAGGGGCGAGAUAAGCUUACCGGCAAGCCACUAUUUGUCCUAGUUAAAGGAGCCUGAUCUCGAUAUUCUGUAGUAUUCGUGGUUGUCUUAGUAAUUCACAAUUUGAGCUCUUAGUUGUUCGACUUCAGAGCUUUAUUGUUGACUGCUUAUAUUUUCAUACAAUAUAUUUGAUGGGAUGUGCUGAAGGGAAGCUGAGGUUACUUCUGUGGCCGAGCUCUGCUUUAGAUUUUAUUUUUUAAAGCAGGAUCUGUGGGACAUUUAAAACUCUUAAUUUACGUUGCAUUAUAGUGAAUAACCAAUCCAGAGCUGAAGUGUUUGUUACUAA